CAUCUCCGGCUCAAAGGAACCUAGCCGCUUCCCUGCGGUGUAUAACACUGCGUGCGGUUCAUUCAAUCUGGAGCGUCAGAUGGUGGGGCUGGCGACCGCGCAAGGUGAACCGCGUCUCUCUUUUGUCCCUCUUUUUACUGGACUGUCUGUCCUACCGACAAUAUCUACAGUAUAUGACCGGGAUGCUCUGUGUGUAAGUGAACAAUGUUACAUGUCCAACAAGGGACAAUCAGCGGUUAUGAAAUCCGGGCGACUGAGGAUGCACAGUGCUGCUGAGGAGGAUACUGGGACUCUGUUCAGCACCACCGAUUAUGGACAAGAACUGAAAUUCUCAUGUUCGUGGCAUGCCUCCUAUGAGAGAGUCUAAAGCAGGGAAAAUAACGGCGGACCGCUUUGAAUUCUACAUUGUCCAUAGCCUUUCUGUGUGAAAAGUAAAGGGUGCGCGCUGUUUAGCUCAGUUGCACACUGGGACCCGAACAGCCCGACCGUGGAGGGAGGAGCGAUGAGAAGAACCCCAUCGGCUUAAAGAACACUGGCUUGCUUUGUUUCUCAGCAAAGGACCCUUUCAGAAAUAGCCUGACACAGUUAAUUUCUUCAAGUGGCCACUGUGUUCUGGAUAGGAUACUAUUUUGGCUAGUGCCCACUGGCACUUUAUUCUGGACCAUGUUUGAUUGGAUUUUUUCGUAGAACAUUUUCAGAGGCUUUAAUUCUAGUUCAUGGUUUAUCCCUGGACUGCUCAGACGUAUAAUAACGAGAUAGUAGGCCUAAUGCUGCUAAUUAAGAGCUGACCGACUUUCAGAACAGCUGGACCCAUAGGCCUAAUUCAAACUUAUCCACUAUUUGUUGAGACAUCAUAUAUAUUAUCAAAUUGUUGGACCAAUCAUAAUUGUCUUCAUCUAUUUUUGCUUGAAACGCACGCCGCUGUACAGUGUGGUCGCGUCAUUGGUACUGCCCGGGCGACCAGCGGAGAUAUUCGGGGAUUUGGGAGUUACAGCGACCCACGUGGAGCGGAGAUCCCAAUUGGACAGUACACAAUGGGUUGUUGCAGUGGCCGAUGCACCCUGGCCUUUUUCUGUGGCAUGCAAUUGAUCAGCAUAUUGGAACGACAAAUAUUUGACUUCCUUGGGUACCAAUGGGCUCCCAUCCUCACAAACUUUGUGCACAUCAUCAUUGUCAUCUUGGGCCUCUUUGGGACUGUACAGUUCAGACCAAGAUACGUAACCGGGUAUGCAGUGUGGCUGGUGCUCUGGAUGACCUGGAAUGUAUUCAUCAUCUGUUUCUACCUGGAAGUGGGGGACCUCUCCAAGGACAGUGACCUGAUCAUGACCUUCAACAUUUCCAUGCACCGGUCCUGGUGGAUGGAGAACGGUCCAGGCUGCAGGGUGACGCCCGUCACCCCUCCUCCGUCCUGGGCCCCAGAGGACCACCGCUACAUCAGCAUCGCAGGCUGUCUGCUGGAGUACCAGUAUGUGGAGGUGGCCCACAGCUCCCUGCAGAUCCUCCUGGCUCUUGUUGGGUUCAUCUAUGCCUGUUAUGUGGUGAAGCUCAUCUCAGAAGAGGAAGACAGCUUUGAUUUUAUAGGAGGGUUUGACUCCUACGGUUAUCAAGGGCCUCAGAAGACAUCCCAUUUGCAACUACAACCCAUGUACAUGGCAAAGUAACAAAGGACAGCUGCCUUAUGUACCAAUCAAAUAGAGAGCUACCGUUUUAACUUUUUGUUUCAUUUCGUAAAUGUCUUAAAAUAAUACAGUGUCUUACAAACUGUGUGGAGGAAGUGAGAUUCUACACUUUAACCUCAAAGACUCAUAAAAACACUGGAUUUCAUUGUGUCUCUCUGCUCAGCCUCUGCUCAGUGGAGUCACAGUCUUGUUCUGGAUGAGGGGCCAGGCAGGUGCAAGAGCACCCUCCUGUGGCUGUGUUGACCUUACAGGAUGCAUAUCUCUCCUCCAUGCUUGUUCUUGCUCUCUUUCUGACAGCUGAAUGACUGAAAUAUUAAGGGAACAAAUUGCAUUGAUUCCUCUGGACAGUGUUCAAAUGGAUCAAGAUUCCGGACAAAGGGAAACUGUUGGACUUGUGCCAAGUUCUGAGAGCACUAGCUAAGUGAUGCCGCAGAGUUUCAAUGUGUUCUGACUAACUUGAUUAGAAAUACUCUUCGAAUGUUCAAUAACUGAUCAAUAUGGCUUUAGUCAUCAGAAGUAGUCCUAUAGCCCCUUCUAAAGAGCUGAUUAGAAUGAAUGUACAUGUGAACCAUGAUGUGUUUACAAUACACUUUGGCCGUUGGAAUUCCAUCUUGAGUUGGGCAAUUGCAUGGGACAACACUUUGAUGAAAUGGGAAAAGCAACCAGUUGCUUUUUCUUACAAUGGAUGUAUUUGUCUUGAAAGUGCCAAGAACAAUAGUUAAAGAUGAGUUAGACAAAAUAUUGGAUGCUAUCUAGAGAUACAUAUUUUUGGAGCUAGUCUCGGGGACAUCAGUUCAAAUAUUCAUUGGGGGAUAACACCAUAUUUGUUUGCAUGAGGUGUCAAAAUCUGUUGCAUAUUUAAUCUCUGAAAGCACUGGACAUUAUCCCAGACUAGGUAGAGGUAACAGUUGGCCUUUCUGCAGCUGUCUUUGCGCUGUAAAGUUAUGUGAAUUUUGUGCUUUUCUAAGACAGCGUGGAGUCUUUAGUCUAAAGAUAAAGAGAAACUAAAUGUAACUUCUUUCAAUUCUAGGCAUUUUUUAACAUGUGACAGUGUUUACUCUUUUAUAGUUCAAUAAUAUUUUAUUAUGUUGUGUAUAAGUGGGCCUUUCUUUUACUCCUAACUGUACAAAGUGUCAAGGGAAACCUUGGGAACAAUAUCUUGCUGAUAGUCUGGUGUGAGGACUAGAAGGAGGUGUGUGGUAGAGUUUGUGCUGUGGCUGAAACUUUGUGCUUUUGUCUAUUGGACAGUGCGGGAACCCCCGAACCAACCAGGACCGCCUCAGUUCUGUCAUCAUCGUCGUAGCAUCCUCAUACUGUAACUCUUCUACUGAAGGGAGCCUGCUCCCUGUGAGCAUAUUUUUUUUGUAUAUCAUGCUCCGUAGACCUUAACUCCAUAUCAUGGGACCUCUCUAUGGUUUCUAUUUCAAUGGUGUGAAUCUGUUGGCUCUUUUGUAAAUGAAUUAGGUAAUACUUACAGGCCUUCCAAGUCCUAGAAUAUUCAAAUGGUACCUCGAGAUGCAUAAAUGCCUAAAAUGCUCUUCUAAACUCAGGCAAGUUUUUCUUGCACCAUUACUAUACACUUACUACUCGUGUUUAAACAUCACCAUUGUAACAGCAUAUAGAACAUCUGAAGACAUAAAGAUUCCUAAGCAUUAUCCUCUUCAUAACAUUUGUAUCUGGGACAGUAUAUUGGUAUUCAACUGUGUAAAAGCAAUAUGAUCUCUACUAUGUUUCCUUGCAUUGUAAGUCCCAGAUGACACCUCUUGAAGAGUCAGUUGUGUUUUAUCAGUGAGUUGUUCUAAUGUGAGUGGAUAGCAGAGGAGGCUGGUGGGAGGAACUAUAGGAGGACGGGCUCAUUGUAAUUGCUGGAAUGGAAUGAAUGGAACGGUAUCAAACAUAUGAAAAUCAUCAGGUCCGUUCAUUCCAUUCCAACCAUUACAAUGAGCCUGUCCUCCUAUAGCUCCUUCCACCAGCCUCCUCUGGUGGAUAGUGGAUGUAGAUACUGGUCACUAUCACCCUGUGCCAGAUAAUCCAGUCUGAAGUGUUGAAGACCAACAUAGUUACUUACUGCUGCAAUCUUCCAUGACCACUUCAUUCACAGAGAGGAUUCAAAGUUGUAAAUAUAGCAUAACAUUUUCGACAAUAUGUUGUAUAAGAUCUGAAUAAUUUGAUUGUAUCUGGCAGUACAGUAUUCUAAGUUCCUAUACAUUCAAAUGGAGCUGUGUAUAAUACUGUUGCAGGUACUCAAUUGCUCAUCGUAGUACUUUCCUGAAUACUCCAUCGGUUGUUUUGCUUGGGUUCAGUGCUGACUUCUACUUCUCAAUAGAUGUAGACAUUUUCUAUUUAUGUUACUUUUCAAAAUGCCUGUAAAUAUAAUAAAAUCAAACUGUGGAAAAGGC